AUGUCCUCAAGGAACAAUGAGAAAAGCGAGGCGGCUACUAACCUUGUCAAUUCCCCCAAGCCUCAGAAAUUGAACUCGAAGUCCAUCCUAUCUUCAAGUCCUGCACAUUCGCCGGACCAAACCCUGGGAGUGUCUAGAGACGAAACUCGUCCGGCUGGAGCCGUCUCAUUUCCUCUCAGCCCUCCAACAACCCCUCCUCGACAAUCGUCAGCAUUGACGGCCCAUGAGAAGCAGCCGACAGAGGCAAGGUUCAACGCUACGACGCUGAGAACUAGUCUGGGUCUCGACAAUAAGCUAUGCGGGGCUCCUACGAAAUCAAAUAGACCUUGUAGAAAGUGGACACCGGUAGCGAACAGAGCCGAUGUCACUUCUCAGCUUGAAUCGAUCAUCGCUCUCACGCAAUCAUCUACGGAACUCGAAGUUACGCUAGAUAAGCUUGCCAAGCUUGUCCAUUGCAAACACCAUACUAGUGGUCUUCCGAAAAAGGAGCGAAUCGAAGCCUGGAUUAAGAUAUUUCCCAUCGGAGAAGCAAUCAUUACCGACCCUGCCACAUUGGUUGAAAAGGGAAUUCGAAAAGCCCUGGGUCUAAAGUCUGCCCAGUGCAUGGGAAUAGUGGAUAGUGUAGGCUCGCGCUGUAAGCAUGGGAUUGGCGGGCAGCGGGUGUAUAACUGUUUGUCAACGAUUGAUGAAAUUGUUAAUCCAGAUGUCUAUCGAAAUGGCUCCUAUCUUGAAGGUCUCCUGAGAGUUCUUGAGACGAAUAUGUACUGUCCUCAGCACAUAAACAAGCAACCCUUGCAAAAAGUGGCAUCGUGGAAGUUGAGCAUUGGGGAGAUCCUAGAGGGGCACCCUGUAAAGUUGGCUCAAAGCAGUAUACCCGAGGAGACCAGAGGCCUUUCCGGAGCUCCAAACACGCAAGGGCCCCCCGAGAGCCCCUCGACCAGCAGGAGCGAUGGCCUUGUCUUGAGAAGUGGAAACCUAUUGAUUCCCAACUUCGAUCGAGAUUUGAGCACAUAUUGGCCAACCAAAUACAAUACCUCCCCCUUUGAGAUAAUCCCGAAGAGCGACAGAGUUGCUGACUAUAAGUCUUCAUAUGAUAUGGUCCAACGCGAAAUGCUGAGAGAGCUACACGACAUGGACCAGAGAGAUGGGCAUGUUUAUAUGUAUAAGGUUGAAGGAAACCCAGGAUUUGUGAAGAUUGGGUACACGACUCGUUUCGUGGAGGAACGCCUUCAGGAGUGGGACUUCGAUUGCAAUAGGGCCUCCAAAGUCCUAUACCCCAUUUCUUUAAGUACUGCUGCUGCCAUUCCAAAUGCCCGUCGUGUUGAGGCUUUAUGUCACGCGGAGCUGGAUCAUCGAAGAAUCACCAUCUAUUGCCACGGUUGCCUAAAGCAGCAUCUAGAAUGGUUUGAAAUUCCAUCUACAGAAGCCAUUGCGGUGAUCCAAAAGUGGUCCGAUUGGAUGGCGACCCGCCCGUACCGGUCCAUUCAGCCUAGAAAUAAGAAAAAAUAG